AGGCCGCCCGGUCCUGAGCCGGGACUCUGCUCCUAGGAAUUGGAGCUUUCCUUGCAAGCUGGAUUUGAACGGGAAGGGGCGGUGGUGGGGGGCCCUCUUUGGCAUCCUGGCCGAUGGAGCUGGUGGGAGGAAGGUCCAGAUGACUGCGAAGAGUUGGAGGAGGGGGAUGGAGGAAUGGAGGAGUGUGGGAAAAGUUAGGGGUUAGGAGGCGGGCACCUCGUUUGGGGCUGUUAGGCGGGAGCUGAGUUUCUGAAAAGGCUUGGGAUGUUUGCUAGGUGCUAAAUGGGAGAGGAGAGAACGGGAGCCCACGGAGUUUUUAGUGUUGGGAAAGGGGGUGAAGCCGUUGAUUGUUACGGGGCUAAAGCUGCCUGCUGACCAGAGAGAGAGAGAGAGAGACAGUAUGUGUGUGUGUGUUUGUGUUUUGUGUGUGACGCGGGAUCUUGGGGGUAGCAAAAAACCUAGCCUAACAAGACUUUUGCCUAGAGAUAGACCCCCCCUUCCCCCCAGUACCAGAGCUGCCAUCAGCCCUUUUUUGAUGAAGGGGGUUCCUGUUGUUUCAGGCCCAACUGCUUAUUGCUCCUGGGGGUCUUUGGGGAGGCCCCCAUUCUCUAUGUGUAUGUGUAUGAGAGCUUCUAUUAUCUCCCUCAUUCUAAGGCAGCAGCUGGAGAUGUCUGCUUCCCUCUCCCCCACCCCGCCCCUCCCUUCCCGCUUGCCUCCUCUCCAUAUCUCCUUGUUCCCAGCAGAGGCCAGUCACCUCCUUUUGGAAACUUCUUUCAGUUUUCAUGACAUUACUCAAGAUUCUCCUUAUGACUGUUCCUUCUCUUUUGCUGAAUCUUUGCUGUAGGUGUACUCUUUGGCUCUGCCUUGGGCUUUGUUUUUUCUGUAUACACUUUCCUUUGAUGAUCUCACUAGCUCUCCUGGGUUCAGUUCUAUGAAAAUGUUUCCUAAAUUUAAUAUAUCCAGUCUUGGUUUUUAUUUUGAGCUUUGUUCUUAUAUCCAGCCAACUUUUUAUUGAUAUAUCUAAUUGGAUUCUCAAACUCAAAUAUGUCCAGAAUAGCACCACCUCUACCCCUACCCCCUACUCUUUUCAAUUUUCUAUCAUCCAAGUCACACUCCCAAUCUUAAUUUCACUCUGGAAUCCUCUCAUUCUAAUUAUCCAUUCUGUCACCAAAUCCUACCAUUUCCUCUUUUACUAAAUCCCUUGUAAAUGUCCCCUUUUCUCUCCUGCUUGCAGCCAGCAGCAUCAUGAUGCAGGCCCUCAUUACCUCUCAGUGCUAUUGGUUGGUCUUUCUGCUUCAAGUUUCUCCCCAUUCCAAUCCAUGUUUCACACAAAUAUGAGUGAUUUUCACUCUCAUACACACUCAAAAUUCUUAACUGCUCCCUUGUAUCGCCAGUCUUUUGUUUCCCAAUUAAGGCCCUUUACAACCUAGCCCCCUUCCUACUUUUCCAAUCUUCACACUUUCUCUCUGGAUCUCAGCCUAUUUGUCAACCUACACAAACUCCUUUUCUUAUCUCUGUAUUUGUGCUUGAUGUCCCCCAUGCGUCGAAUGCUUUCUCUCAUCUCUUCUAAGGUUCUCUUAUGUUUAACUUACAUAUUGUUUAGUCAUUCAGUCGUGCCCAAUUCUUUGUGACUUUGUGAACCGCAGCAUACCAGUGCUGUCUGUGGGGGUUUUCUUGGCAAAGAUACUAGAAUGGUUUGCUAUUUCCUUCUCCAGUGGAUUAAGGCAAACAGGUUACGUGAUUUGCCUGUGUCAUACAACUAAUAAGUAUCUGAAACCAGAUCUUCUGACUUCAUUUGAACUCAGAUCUUCUGGUGUGCCCAGGACUCUUAUCCACUGAACCACUAACUGCCUCCAACUUGCAUAUGCCCUAUUUUAUGUGUUAUCUUCAUUAUAUAUUUAUGUUGACUACUGGGACUGUUUUGCCUUUGUUUAAUCCCAGAAAUGAUUUCAGUGCCUGGCACAUAGUAAGUACUGAAUCAGGACUUGAUUGGUUGCCUUCUAAAUGCAAAGGUACUUAAGCUGAUCUUGAGUGGUAGUGGUCUUUUCUCAUAGAAGUGAUCACUAACUGAUCUUUUCCUUUUUAAACACUAUCACAUUCUAUGUGUUCCCACAUCAUUUCUUUUUUUUUUUUUUUAAUUAAAGCUUUUAUUUACAAAACAUAUGCACGGGUGAUUUUUCAACAUUGACCCUUGUAAAAUUUUGUUUUUCCCUCUUUACCCCUAUUUCUUCCCCUAGAUGGCAGGUAGUCUAAUACAUGUUAAAUACCACAUGAUUUCUUUAAUUGCUUACCCUUACUGUCCCUCACCUUUGUCUCCCACUCAUUUUUCCCUUCUCUGGUUAUCCAACCUCCUAUCCUGUGUCUCGUGACCACUGCUGCCUCUUCCAUGAAUUUUCACUGAGUCAACCGCUAUUUCCUCAGACUUUUUCAUUGACUGGUCUCCCUCUGACAUUGAUCACCCUAACUGCCCUUCAUCUCUCUCCUUUCAAUAGCCAACCCCUCUGUCUCCUGUCAUCUCACCGACUGACCUCUGCCUCUCCCAUGUCUCCACACUUUAAGCCUCUUAGUCCUCCCAGUGACGACCCUCGUCCCUCUGUCUUUACUGACCACUAGCUUCUUAUGUCCUCAGGCUUUGACUGCAGUCAUGGAUCACUGUUAUGAUAAUGAAUCUGUGAGCUUCUUCUACAACCACAGUGGAAAGCAUCUGAGUCUGCACUGGCAGCCCAGGGAUGUGGUAAUGGUGGUCCUGGGGCUUACAGUCAGCGUAGUGGUUCUGCUGACUAACCUGCUAGUCAUUGUGGCCAUCGUUUCCAACCGGCGGCUACACCUACCCAUUUAUUAUCUGCUAGGAAACUUGGCUGCGGCCGAUCUGUUUGCAGGAUUGGCCUACCUGUUCCUCAUGCUGCACACAGGUCCUCGCACCGCCCAGCUCUCAGUGAAGGUCUGGUUUUUGCGGCAGGGCCUGCUGGAUGCUAGCCUCAGUGCUUCUGUUGUCAACCUACUGGCCAUUGCGGUAGAGCGGCACCGCAGUGUCAUGGCAGUGCAGCCACUGAGCCUCUUACCCCGGGGCCGUGUGCUGUUGCUCAUGGCUGGCAGUUGGGUAGUUGCACUGGGCCUGGCACUUUUGCCCUCCUACUGGAACUGCUUGUGUAACCUGGACCACUGUGCCCGCCUGGCCCCGCUCUACAGCCGCACCUUCCUGACUGCCUGGGCCCUUGGCAACCUGCUGGCCUUCCUGCUUAUGGCAGCUGUCUAUGCACGCAUCUUCCUCUAUGUUCGAAGGCGCAUGAAUCGCAUGUCACAACACGCUGGCUUCCACCCGCGCUACCGUGAGACCACAAUUGCUCUAGUCAAGACAGUGGUCAUUAUUCUGGGGGCAUUUGUGGUCUGCUGGACACCUGGCCAAGUGGUAUUGCUUCUAGAUGGGCUGGGCUGUGAGUCAUGCGACGUGUUAGCUGUGGAGAAGUACUUCCUGCUUUUGGCUGAGGCGAACUCCCUGGUCAACCCUGUUGUGUAUUCGUGCCGGGAUGCUGAGAUGCGCAGCACCUUCCGUCGCCUACUCUGUGGCUGCUUGAGGAGCUCUUCCCGUCACAUGCCCCGAAAUGGGCCAAAACCUGGAAUGAGGGUCAGUCUCCCUGACAGCGGCCACCCCUUGGUUGAUUCCUCCCUUUAGCUGUCUACACCAAUGGGACAGGACGGAUAACUGUGACUGUGAUGAGAAAUGACUGCUGUGAACUGGGGUAAUGAAUAGCAAACUGCUUCUAAGGCAAGCUGAGACUUAACCCCUUCGAAUUUGAUGAAACUGACUACUGUGGCUUAUAGACUCAAGAUCAGGGCCAGUAUUUCCCAUUGCUUGCCUUGAUGUAAUCCUAGAGUUGUCUGAAGCCCUCCCCUUCCUCCCCACCUCAUGGGGAGAAGAGAGAUGCUGUUAUGUGACAAUUUUACAAACACUUGAAGGCUGGGAUAGGGUUCCUUUCAAUUCUUGGUUUGGACACUGUGGAUGUGCUGCCUAGAUCAAAGGAUUAAUUAAUAAGGACCAUGGAUUCAUAA